AGCAAGCGCCACCGCGUCUACUACAACACACUACUCGAAAAACCUACAACGCUGCUGCUGCUGCUCCUGCCGCUGGUGUUGCUGCUGCUGCUGUUGUUACCGCCGCACACUCGCUCACUCACUCACUCACACGCACGCAGUCCGUAGCGUCGGCCAGACUCUCUUGCUUAUUAUUUGUUUGUUUUUUCGUUUUUAAUACUAUAAUUUAUUAUUAUUAUUAUUAUUUAUAUUUAACGUAAUUAUAAUAAUAAUAACAACAACAACAGUAUAACACCGCUCUGUUUGAUCGUUUUUUAUUUUCCGUUUUCGUACGUCGUCGUCGCUCGCCGCCGCGUUAAUCGUGUGAUGUUUCGGUCGAUAAUAUAAUAUAAUAUUGUUAUUAUAUUUUAUAUAAAUCAUAUUUAUUGUAUUCCGAUUGUUGUAAAUCGAAUACGACAACACGGUACACGCGUUUUUGUUAUAUCUACAUAAUAUAGACUAUAUUAAAAUACCAUUGCGUUUUGUUCACACGGCUAAAACCGCGACGGUUGCGUUGUAAUUCGCUUAAAAAUAUUAUAUUUUUACAAUAUCGUUUCGUAACGUGUAACGUCGCAGUGUUCACCGACAAGAUGGCCCACGGCGCUCCGGACGAACCCGUCGGCAAGGUGGAAGAGAAGCGGCCCAAGGCGCCAGUCGGAUCCAGAAGGAUAUUUCCGCCACAGUUCAAGUUGCAGGUGUUGGAUUCAUAUCGACAAGACUCUGAUUGCCAGGGGAACCAGCGAGCAACGGCCCGCAAGUAUGGUAUUCACCGCCGACAGAUACAGAAAUGGUUGCAGACAGAGAACAGUCUGCGGUUGGCCGUGCAACAAGCUUCCGGCGCUCCGAAACCCCCAAAAAUUGCUGCUGCUUCUGCUGCUGUAACAGCUGUUGCUACAGUAAUUGUAGAUUCUACAUCGGGUUCGGACAGUGAUAUUAAUGUCGAAGACUUAUCCGACACCGAAGACUCAGCUCUUGAUUUGUCUACUACUUGCUUAGAUCUCACUAAGCGCAAACGCGAAGAAGAGGAUCUCGAUCCGUGCAAGAGGCGGCCUUUGGCUCCAGUCACGUCUACUGAACGACCCUUAUAUGUCAGCCCUAUCAGAUAUCCUUACGUUGAUUAUCCGAUGUUCUACUGUUGGCCGCCGUGUUGUUACAGGCCACCGUGCUAUGUAGAGCGACCUGUACCCCAAAGACUGACUUGUUCGUUAGAUUUGAAGGUGUGCACUUAUGAACAAAAGGAACCUUCUCUUUUGGACAUAUCGUACCCUCAACAUUGGAACAAACAGGACUACAGGUUUCCAAGUUCAGUAUAAAUACCUAUGUGUUCACAUGGGUUACGCUUGUUAUUCUUGCACUGUAAGUAUCAAUAAAUAUGAAGAAAUUUUCAGAUGAUCUUUGUAAUUGUUUGAAUUGAAUUGAAAGAAAAGAUAUUUGAAGUGUUAUUUAAUAUUAGUACCAUUAUAUUGAAAUUUUUAGUUUAACAUCAAUAUCUUUGAUACCUUGGUACAAGGAAUUGAAAUUAUAUAAAUGGUUUGAAAAGAAAUAAAUGUAUUUAUGUUUUUAUAUAUUAUAUUAUGAAUAUGAUUCUAUUUUUUUUUUCAAUUCAAUUUAUGAGAAUUAUAUAUAAAAAUGACACUAAAAUAUUGUACAGAUUCACUCUGUAUUGUAGUAUGUUCUAUAAAUUGUUAAGGAAUAUUAAACCAUAUCAAUUAAGAAUGUAUUGUUUGAACUUUAGAACACUUAAGAUAUGUAUUUUAACUACUUAAAUAGU